CCACGCGGCGGCUCCACGCGCCCCUGCCCCGACCCCAGGUUCCCCUCCUCGCCUCCCCAACCACCUCGGCGACGCUCCACUCCGCUCCCGUCCCCUCCAGCCCGCCUAGUGCUCCCGUGCCCCGUCACAGAAUCCCGCAGAUUCCCCUGAACCCGGCGAGGGCGAGCAGAGCAAGCCCCGCCAUGGCCGCGGCGAUCCUCCGCCGCCUCAGCCCGGCCGCCGCCCAGCGCGCGCCCCCUCGGCUCCUGCCGCCGACGCUCGCCCGCGGGGUCUCCGACUCCACGGAGCCGCUCACCGUGGAGACCUCGGUCCCCUUUACGUCCCACAUCGUGGACCCGCCGUCGCGCGACGUAUCCACCACGCCGCGCGAGCUGGCCGCCGCCUUCCGCGACAUGGCGUUGAUGCGGCGCGCGGAGAUCGCGGCCGACUCGCUCUACAAGGCGAAGCUCAUCCGGGGCUUCUGCCACCUCUACGACGGCCAGGAGGCGGUCGCCGUGGGCAUGGAGGCCGCCAUCACCCGCCGCGACGCCAUCAUCACCGCCUACCGCGACCACUGCCUCUACCUCGCGCGCGGGGGCGACCUCGUCGCCGCCUUCGCUGAGCUCAUGGGCCGCGUCGACGGCUGCUCCAGGGGCAAGGGCGGCUCCAUGCACUUCUACAAGAAGGACGCCAACUUCUACGGCGGGCACGGCAUCGUCGGCGCGCAGGUGCCCCUCGGCUGCGGCCUCGCCUUCGCGCAGCGGUACCGGAAGGAGGGCACCGUCACCUUCGACCUCUACGGCGACGGCGCCGCCAACCAGGGCCAGCUCUUCGAGGCGCUCAACAUGGCCGCGCUCUGGAAGCUGCCCGUCAUACUCGUCUGCGAGAACAACCACUAUGGGAUGGGGACGGCAGAGUGGAAGGCCUCCAAGAGCCCCGCGUACUACAAGCGCGGGGAUUAUGUGCCCGGAUUGAAGGUUGAUGGGAUGGAUUUUCUUGCGGUGAAGCAGGCUUGUAAAUUUGCCAAAGAACAUGUUCUUGAAAAUGGACCUAUUAUUCUUGAGAUGGACACAUACAGAUACCAUGGUCAUUCUAUGUCAGAUCCAGGCAGCACUUACCGUACUAGAGAUGAGAUUGCAGGAAUAAGACAGGAGCGUGAUCCAAUUGAGCGGGUCAGAAAGCUAUUAUUGACCCAUGACUUGGCAACAGCCCAGGAGCUCAAGGACAUGGAGAAGGAAAUCAGGAAGGAAGUUGACACUGCAAUUGCCAAAGCAAAGGAAAGCCCAAUGCCUGAUACGUCCGAGCUGUUCAAGAAUGUAUAUGUCAAUGACUGUGGUCUGGAGUCUUUUGGGGUGGACAGGAAGGUGGUGAGAACUGUUCUUCCAUAGGCUGCCAAACGAGAAGCUUGGCUCUGUCAGACUGUUCGCCUGCUGUAUGAUACGUGCUGGGGAGACAUAAUAGAGACCAAGGAAUCCGUAGUUAGCUGUAUUGUGGACGUUUCUGUCCCUAAAUAAGUCUGUAUAUAGAGACGCAUGAGCAUUCGGAUUCUGUACCGCAUUGCACUAGUCAUUUCCCAGUUUGUUGUGGACCUCAAUUGGGCUAUGCAGCUUAAUUUUUGGUGUCGUCUGCUUAAGGCAUUCUGUCGAUUAACAGAUCAUGAAAAUCUGAUGAUCGAUGACGAAAUGAGUUACUUUGCAAGAUGCAGUUGAUUUGUACUACCUUCAUUCCAAAAUAAUUGAAUAAUUGAAAUUCUCGAUUUGUCUCAA